GUCUCUUCCCACCACGCAGCGGGUCUCCUAUUACAACGAUGGGCAACACGCCUUCUAACAAUCAGCAAGACCGUGACCGCAAUUCGUCUGCUACUCGAUUCCAGCAACGUUCAUCACCGUCACCAACGCCUAACCAACCCCAUCGGUCACUCAGACACAAGAAACGGUCUCUAGAACUGCCUGAUCUACAGCUAGACAUUACCCCGCGGAGACCCGCUGCCACCGCGAGUAUACCGAUACCAACAACAGAGAAAGAGAAGGAGAGGGAAAGGCCCAGAGCUAGGCGGCAGCAGAGCGGAUUGGACUCCAAGGCUACGAGCGGACCCGAGGAGCCUUGGUCACGGCAAACGAGCUACCUUCCACCGACUGUACCGCCAUCGUCGCUCGUUGAUGCCCCUCACACUCCACCAGAGCGGGACGAACCGUAUCAGCAGCAGAUCGUACGCAGCACCCUGCCCUUGCCGCUUGUUGUAGAGGCUGCUAUUUCGCCUACCGACACCACAGCUCAGAUGAUCUCUGUACCUAUCAUCUGGACCGGUGGCGGCACGAGAGUCUUCCUCUCGCGUGCAGGUGAUGAUGACUGGAAGACACAAAUACCGAUGCGAAAAAUGGCUGGUGAUGAUGGCAAAAGAUGGACUGUUGACUUGCAGCUACAGCCUGGGACGCAUCAUAUGCGGUUCUUGGUGGACGAGCAAUGGCGUGUAGCUGAUGACUUGCCCCAAGCUGUCGAUGACCAGGGUUCACUGGCCAAUUAUGUCAGCGUCGGCUUGUCGAGUCCACCACCGGCUCAGCUCGAUCCUUCUCCGCCGAAACGUAGCCACAGCUUUUGGAGCACGACAACCGGCGGUUCGAAUUCCUCACCCAGCACUCAUACUCCUGCUCUUCCUCCUCCAUCCUGGACAAAUGUUAUUCCCCUCGAGCUCACUGAGGCCGCUGCUGAGGAGGACGCCUACCUCAAUGCUCACCAUACGACGUCGACGACCCAGGGAGGACGAAAGGUGGUGAAUGGAUUUAUACCCGCCCCGAACAUCCCUCCCGCCCCGCCUUUGCCUCGUCAUUUGGAGAAGCUCAUUUUGAAUACGGCAAGUGGUCAGAGUCAGUCGAGUUCAUCAAGUGGGAAGGAGGGCAAGAGGUCAAGGGGUAGACACGGAACCCAUGGGCAGAGACGGGGUAGCUCUAGUGAGGGUACGCCAGCUUCUGGGGUCGAAGGGAGAGUUCUACCUGUGACGACUGCAAGUGGGACGGACAUCAAUAAUGUGUUUGGCACCGGGGGUGGAUUCACACCGUCAACGCAUACACCGGCGACGCCUCAAAGAAACCCACUGUCGAGCUCAUCACCAAAUCUCAACAAUCCGACACCCAGUGUCAUCGACGAUGAUACAGUUAUCGUCGACGAUACAUCUGUUCUUCCCGUUCCUUCGCAUGUCGUCCUGAAUCACUUGUCGACGAGUUCCAUUCGAAACGGGGUGCUCGCUGUGAGUGGGACAGUGCGUUACAGGAACAAAUUCCUGACCACGAUCUAUUAUAAACCAACGUAGGGUUGGUUAGAGUUGAUGGGAAGACGGGAAUGCUUUGGGGUCGACCGGCUUUGGUUUUUGGAUAUCUGAUGCAACUAAAUAUGUACUACAGUGCCCUUCUGUCUGUUGUUGUCUGUUCUGCUUAGUAUGUGCUUGCUAUAGAGUAUUUUCAGUGUUUGGCAGUUUCAAUCGCAUUGUUUAUUGACUCC